AUGUUUUUCACCGGAAGUCUCUUUCGUCUCCACACCCUUGAGAUCUCUCCAUCGCUUCUCGGAGGAAAUCUCAGAUUCACUGUUUCUUACUCCGGCUACGUGGCUCAAAACCUAGCCACCGCCUCCGGAAAAUCCAAUACAUGCCGAAUUUUUCACGAGGUUUUUUCUCGUCCUCGUAUAUUCCAGAAUCCCGACCGAGAUCCCAUCGCCGGGUACGGUCCGGUAGCAACGGCGGGUUCAAGGUGUUCGGUUUCGGCGUAUGCCACUCUUGCAUGUGAUUUUAUUGGCGUUGAGACCUCCUCCAAACCUUCUCCCCUCGUUGUUGGAUUGAUCUCGUUGAUAAAGUUAACGACUACCAGUGGUGGCGUUGGUGGUGGUUCUGGGGUUUUUGGGAUUUCGCCGUUGAAGGCGUCUUCCAUGAUUCCGUUUUUCCAAGGGUCGAAGUGGCUCCCAUGUAACGAGAUUAACAGUACAGAGGUUGAUAAAGGCGGUACUAGCUCGACAAAGUCCAAUCAGACUACUACUGAUUGCGUGAAAACCUGCAAUGUUGCAAGUACCAAAAUCAUCGUUGAGAGGAACAAUUGGUUUUCAAAACUAUUAAGUGUUUGCUCCGAUGAUGCUAAGGCUGCCUUCACCGCUUUGAGUGUCAGUAUCUUAUUCCGAUCGCAAUUGGCUGAACCAAGAUCCAUCCCCUAUGAAUCCAUGAGCCCUACCCUUGAUGUGGGUGAUCGCAUAAUGGCCGAAAAGGUUUCAUACAUCUUUCGCAAGCCAGAAGUUUCAGAUAUUGUGAUCUUCAAGGCUCCUCCCAUUCUUCAGGGGUCCACUUCCGGUGAAAAACAUUGUCCCUUCUCUACUGUGUUCCAUGAAAUGAUACUCUCCUACAUUAUGCAGCCAUGUUGUAUAAUCUUAGCCAUUACACCUGCAAAUUCAGAUUUGGCAAACUCAGAUGCACUUCAAAUGGAUGGGAUUGUUGAUCUUGAUGCUAAUUAUCAAAUAUACUAUGCUUUGUUAAUGUUUCUUGCAGAAACUUUGGAUGUUGUUCAAGACAUUGAUUGGGUCAUUUCUCUAGGAAAUGCUUUUGCAAACUUUCUGAAUGCAAGCUUAUUUUGGUGCUGGAUUAAGUGGAGUUCUGGCUUGGUGUGUGCGAGUGGGAAGGAACCAACCCAAUGCCCCCGGAGUUCUGGCACCUUCCAUCUUUACUUCCUAUGUAUCCAGGUUAAUCUACUCAUAUUUAUUUAUGUCUCAAACUGUGUUUGCUCUAAGGGAGAUCAACUUAUCAAAAGUAACCUUUUCAACAACAACAUUCUACUUAAGCAGGUGAGUAAUCAAGAUUAA